AUGAGUGCCAAUAAUAGCAUCGCUAUAAACACCGGUGUUGUGUCCACUACUACCAAACUAUUACCACGGGUACAGUACGAGCACAUGGUUGCCGGUGUGGCCGGUGGUGUGGCGCCUACCCUAAUACUACACCCAUUUGAUUUGGUCAAGAUCCGUUUGGCUGUCAACGAUGGCCAGUUGGCCGUACGGCCGCGUUAUGACGGUUUGGUGAACACUGUGGCCACAAUUGUCCGUCAGGAGGGUGUGACCGGUCUCUAUCGGGGCGUUACGCCUAACUGCGUGGGCGCCGGCGCCGCGUGGGGACUGUAUUUCCUGUUUUACAACACUAUUAAAUCUCAUAUGACAGCCGCCCGGGGCUCGGAUGCCAGUGGCGGGGGUCUGGGCGCCGGUCGACACAUGUUGGCCGCGGCGAUGGCCGGCUGUGUCACCACAACUCUCACAAACCCUAUAUGGGUGGUCAAAACUCAGAUGUGCCUACAGUACGGCACUGUCACACCGGCCGGCUUACCAACAGCUCAGCCCUCCAACGGUAUGCUAAACGUGUUGACCAAUAUAUACCGCCGGGAAGGGGUAGUGGGCCUAUACCGGGGUUACUUACCGGGCAUAUUAAACGUAAGUCACGGCGCCCUACAGUUCAUGGCCUACGAGGAGCUGAAGAGGUUCUACACCGAGUACUACGAACUGAGUGCUAAUGAAAAACUGGAUACCGGAGCCUACCUGUGCUGCGCGGCUUUGAGCAAACUGUUUGCUGUGACCAUAACAUACCCGCAACAGCUAUUGAGGGCCCGACUACAAGACCAACAUUCCUCGUAUAAGGGCUUACUCGACGUGAUCAAAAGGACCUGGCGCUAUGAGGGCGUCCGCGGCUACUAUAAGGGACUGUUGCCGAACCUGAUCAAAGUGACGCCCGCCUGUGCCCUUACGUUUGUCGUAUACGAGCAUUCAAUCAACUUUUUGCUUAAUAAAUAA